GGCACCAGCGAUAUCCACAGCGCCGGUAGCGCGCGUGUGUACGCGGAUGUGGAGCGUCGUGACGCCGCCUUUGUUGGUGGCUCGAUUUGGGCAUCGCUGCCGGCGGCGCAGGCGUUGUGGGUGACAAAGGCGGACUACAACGAGGUGGGGCCCAUGGCGGUGGUGCGCGGCUGCCUUUAG